AUGGCGAUGGCAUGGCUACUUCGCAAAGUCCUACGAGGAGUUGGGGCCUUUGCGUUCUGGUUUCAAAGAGUUACAGGAGGCUCUCCAGAAGCCUCUGAAGCAGAGUUCUUGGGCCCUGCCACUGGACGGACACCAGAAACCUCCCAGCUUCGGGCAUUCAAGAGGUCCGGUGAGCAGCCCAAGUACAUGGUGGUGAAGAGAGGGGAAGAUGCUGCUGUCUUCGCCAUCGGCAUGGACUCCCAGUCCAUCAAGACCCACGGCCUCUAUGUCCCUGUGGAGUGCAACACGAUCCGCGGAUCUCCGGCUUUGGUGAGGCGGCUGCGGGACGUCGAGAAGGUGCACUUAUGCCGAAAUGAGGCUUGCACCGAGGAGGGUGGGGAGCACUUUGUCAUGUACGGGUUAGUUCGAAAGAAUGACCCGGAAAGAUUCCAGAUGGCCCAAGCUCGUGAGGGUGCGCGCAAGGUGACCCACGACUUCUGGGCCUGGUUGAAAGGGUCCCCAUUGACCGAAGGCACCUCACAGUUGAUGCAUCGCCUUCGGGAGUUGGGUUCCGAAUCGGAGCAAGAGGAGGAGCACCUUAUUUGCUGCGGCAGUCUGGUCACAUGGCGGGGCCCUGAUGGAACUAUGCAGUGCCUGGCCAAUCGGCCGUGCAGUGUGCGUGCUCAACAUUUUGGGCAGCUCCUCCAGGAUGAUGUCCCCACUCAAUCGAGGUCACGUACACGAGCGGUGGAGGACAUCGACGAGGGGGAGAACGACGAUGAGGAGAACGGGGUCGACAACGAGGAGGCGCAUGGUUCAGAAGGUGCCGGCAGCUUGCUGGAAGAGUUCUUUGAGAUCUUUGCGGCCGGAAAGGCUGAGGGGCUCCGUGAAGACCAAGCACGCAGAAAGCUGGGAGCUGACCGCCUGCUACUACCCGGUGAUCUUCUUCGACAACUGGUUGGGGAGGCGGAGAAUGAGCAGCAGAUGCCUCAGGUGGAAGAGAAGCGAGGUGACGGGCUACGAGUGGCACCCCCCGGGAUCUAUCGCCCUGACACCAGGGCAGGAGCCAGGACCGACAAUGGAACCACUGCAGAACCCGUUGUCCAAAUUGCCAAAGCGAUCCAGCAUCAAACAGCAGAAUUGGCUUCUUUGGUUCGCCAACAAACCGAAGGAGCAGGAGGUCAGGUCCCCGGUACAAUCCGGGGGCUCAACAAACAAUCAGAAGAACUGGUCUUCUUGCUUCGGGCGUGUGGCCAGUAUCAAGUGCGUGUUGGUGCGGAAGAGCACGGUCAGGCACUAGCAAACUCAUUGCUGUCCGCUCAGGUAGGAGCCUCGACCAAGCUUCGAGCAGCAGGCUUCCGCCAACGGAUGUCAACACGGCUGGCAGUGGGAAUUGCAGGGCCGUACUGGGGCAUUCAGGAGAAGUAUGGCCUGAGCGCCGCGGACUUCCUUUCCUACACGGACGCUGAGCUCGACCAGUUUGCUUCUGAGGCUAAGGUGAUGAAGAACACCGACCAAAGACCUCCUCCUCCGUCCAGGUUUGAUGAGUGGACCGCCCGAGUACGACGCCAGACAGAUGUGUGGUGCCUGGUUUAUGGGGAGGAAUGGAGAGCCGUACGGAACAACGCCCUCAACCUCGUCGGAGUGGCAUCUGUCCCAUCCUCACAGGUGGCCGCUGGCCAUAGUCAUUGA